AAUAUAUUCAAGAUGGGGACCCAAGUUUUGAUUCUCAAACGACAAACAUCGCAAAAAAGUUCAUUUUAGGAGUGUUUUAAGAUCAUUUACGAAUUACAACAUCAGAUAAGAAAGUUUUUUCUGCAAUAAUUCAUGAAUCUAAAGCUAUGGAAAACACAAAGGACACUAAUUGUAUAGUUUGGGAGAGUUCAAUUAUGGUUAAACAGGAAUUGAGUGACGAAAUCAUAACAUUUAUGGACAUGAAAUCAGAUAAAACAUCAGAAGGAGUACAAACAAAUAUAUCAACACUCUUUUCAAAUUAUGAAGAUAUAAAGCAAAAUGUAUCAACACAAUUUUCAACUGUUAAAGACAAAUACUUGGAGGAAACAAUACCAUUUUUAGCUUUAGAAGAUAAAAAUCUUGAUAAAACAAAGCCUUUGUUUAAUUUAGAAGAGAUGAAACAAGAUAACCCAACAUCAUCUGAAGACAUGAAACCAAAUGUAUCAACAGCAUUUUCAAUUUUUGAAGAUAUAAAACCUGAGAUAUUAACAAUUUCAUCUUUGGAGAGUGAACAACAAAAUGGUUUUAAAGCACAGCAACAACUUUCUUCCCCACCAGAUUCAACUGAUUUUAAAGAAAAUUUUGCAGUUUUAAAAUCAGAUCUUCAAUAUGAAUUAAAAGAACUCAAGUUAUUGCAUUCAAAAUUUAUUGAUAAUCUCCCUACAGAAUAUCUGAUUAGCAAUAAGGGACUGAAGACAUACAAGUGUGAUAUGUGUUGUCAAAGAUUUUUCCAUUUUGAUCAUGUUAAACAACACAUAAACAUUCACAUAAGGGUGAAUCCAUAUGGUCAUGAUUUUCAUCAGCAAGAAGUUGUUAUGAUCAGUCAGGGUGAACAAAUUAACAAAAUAAACCUAGAACAGGUAUACAACAAGUCUAGUUUGUCUAAAAAGUUCACUACAAAGUCUAGUUUAUCCACACACACAAAUAUUCAUUCUGGAAUUAAUAAACCAUAUGAAUGUGAUGUGUGCCAUAAAAAAUUUAGGCGUAAACAUAAUUUAUCAGAACAUAAAAAUAUUCAUCUAUCAGAUAGACCAUAUGAAUGUGAUGUGUGUCACAAAAAAUUUAAUCAAAAAUGUGUUUUAUCAAAUCAUAAAAGUAUUCAUUUACCAGAGAGACCACAUAAAUGCGAUGUAUGUCAUAAAAGUUUUGCCCUUAAAUCUAGAUUAUCUAUACAUAAAAAUAUUCAUUUACCAGAAAGACCAUAUGAAUGUGAUGUGUGUCAUAAAAAAUUUAAUUGUAAUGCUAAUUUAUCUACACAUAAAAAUAUACAUUUACCAGAUAGACCAUAUGAAUGUGAUGUGUGUCACAAAAAAUUUAAUCAACAAAAUCUUUUAGCUAGACAUAAAAAUAUUCAUUUACCAGAGAAACCAUAUGAAUGUUAUGUGUGUCACGAAAAAUUUAAGCAUAAAAGUAAUUUAUCAGCGCAUAGAAAUAUUCAUUUAACAGAGAGACCAUAUGAAUGUGAUGUGUGUCAUAAAAAAUUUAAUUGUAAUGAUAAUUUAUCUACACAUAAAAAUAUACAUUUACCAGAUAGACCAUAUGAAUGUGAUGUGUGUCACAAAAAAUUUAAUCAAAAAAGUGCUUUAUCAAAUCAUAAAAAUAUUCAUUUACCAGAGAGACCAUAUGAAUGUAAUGUGUGUCACAAAAAAUUUAAUAAUAAAAGUUAUUUAUCUGCACAUAAAAAUAUUCAUUUACCAGAGAGACCAUAUGAAUGUGAUGUGUGUCACAAAAAAUUUAAUUAUAAAGAUAGUUUAUCUACACAUAAAAAUAUACAUUUACCAGAUAGACCAUAUGAAUGUGAUGUGUGUCACAAAAAAUUUAAUCAAAAAAGUGUUUUAUCAAAUCAUAAAAAUAUUCAUUUACCAGAGAGACCAUAUGAAUGUAAUGUGUGUCACAAAAAAUUUAAUUAUAAAGAUAGUUUAUCUAGACAUAAAAAAAUUCAUUUACCAGAGAGACCAUAAGAAUGUGACAUUUGUCAUAAAAAGUUUGCUCGUAAGUCUAGUUUAUCUACACACACAAAUUUUCACUCAGGACUUGAAUGAGUUGUUGGUUAUUAAAUUCUUUUUUCACAAGGAUCUUUAAUUAUCUAUAUAUACAAGUAUUGCUUUUUUACUAAUACCACAUUGUGUAGGCUGAAAACACCAUUAAUGUUUGUCAUACAGGAUAUAAUACUUUUCAUAGUAUUAUUUGUCAUACAAAGUGUUACUAAUGAUUAAUAUGCUAUCUAGACAUUUCACACAAUGGAAGAAAAACUACAUGGAAACAAUUGAUGUCAUGAAUCUCCAUAGCAUAUUUAUUAUCUUGUACAAGGUGUUAUGGCUAGCUUUGUUUCGGUUUUUUUUAAAUAUGAUGGCUAAAUUCUUAUCCUUUAUUUUACCCGUACAACAAUACUAACCACUAAUAAACACCAACAUUUUAAAUGUACAAUUAUAAUUUGAAUCAUUGAAGUAAUAUUUACUCUAUAUUUUUCUUUAUUGAAUAUAUUCCAAUUUAUGUAAUUCUAAAUUUUGUAUAAAUAAUUAUAUAACCUGUCACAGACUAUAAUUAGGUAUGUUUAUAUUAUAUUGUGUUUUACAUGAAGUUGCAUGAAUGUAGAGUACCUGGCUAGCGGAAGGACUGUCUGAGCAACUCGUCAUGUAUUUUCCCAUGCUUUUUGGGGUAAGAUCGCUCAUGUACGUAAGGGGAGAGAAUGGACCGUAUAAAAGGUAGAGCGAAAGGUGAACGGGGGCUUGCGCUUGGACUGUGAUUGUGAAUGUAGGAUGUCACUACGUCACUUUGAUUCGUGACUGUACUCAUACUAAAUUAUACUAGUUGUUUAUCUAUGGAUUUACUAUGGAUUCAUCAUUUCACUGUAGUGUAUAAAGUGUAAAUAAAGUUAUAGUUUCACAACUACUGUUGCUCGUGUGAGUAUAUUGAAUGGUGUUACAUAUGGUGUCAGAAGUGGUUGAAGAAUUGGUGUUACAUAUGGUGUCAGAAGUGGGGGCAAUAAAUUGAUGUUGCUACAAUACAUAUGAUGUUACAGUAUUAUUGUGAGAAGCUGCAAGUCAAGUGUUGAUUUACCAGAAAAGCUGUACAUUGGUCUACGUGAUGUUAAAUUGAAGUUAUUAUCAAGUCUACAAGUUGUUACACUGAUGUUGUUACAUUGGUAAAUUAUAUUGAAGUCAGAAAUCGUCA